AUGAACCCAGCAGAGUUAACCUUUUUCGGAGCGCUGAUACUAGGUCCACUCGUCCUCGGCUUCAAAAGAAAAGGAGGAACGGACAGCAACUGGCUGGAAAAGCAAGCUCGCAAAAGAGUGACAACAGCGGACGCUUUCCACGAAACUCUAGCAAAGCUGGAGGCGCAAGGUGUGGUAAUGGCGGAUACCCAGUAUCAUCAUUUAAGGGAUUUAUUCUCUGCGAUGUGCCCGAUGCAGACCUACGGAACACCUGCUACGUAUUCCCUUAAGCCUCUAGACAGCUUCAGUGUCAGCAGCAGCAACGACCUGCCAGAGGAAGACAAGUCGAUGCAUUUUUUCGACCCGCCAAAAAGAGACGAGGAGGUUUUCUUGCAGCCUAUGGAUGGGACGAGGUUUAUCUCACCAACUGAUCGUUGA